UUUAUAUUCAGAAAGAUAGAACUCAUUCAGCAGACUUCUGUCCAAGAGGAAAUGAUUGAGGAUAUAAAAUUCAACUUUAGUAGAAGAGCAGUCUUGCAAUCUGCAAAUCUCAGCAUGCUAACAUCCGUUCUCAAGUGAAUUUGCUAAAUCAGCCCAGAUUCCAUUCUACAUUAAUCCCCAAACUUUGCUGUUUUUCAUUGGACUACUUGCAAUGCAGAACGUUAUCAACACUGUGAAAGGAACUGCACUUGGGGUGGCAGACUUUCUCACACCAGUGCUAAAGGAAUCCAAAUUUAAAGAAACCGGAGUCAUCACACCAGAGGAGUUUGUGGUAGCUGGAGAUCACAUGGUUUACCAUUGUCCAACAUGGAACUGGGCCACAGGGGAAGAAGCCAAAGUGAAGCCUUACUUGCCACCGAACAAACAGUUUCUCCUGACACGAAAUGUCCCCAGUUACUUGCGAUGCAAACAGAUGGAGUACUCGGAGGAGCUGGGUGCGAUGGUGGAGGAGGACGACGGAGAUGGCGGCUGGGUGGACACCUACCACAAUGCAGAUUUGUUGGGAGUCUCAAGUGCUGUGCGAGACAUUUCUCUGGACAACAAGGACCAAGAGAGCGCUGCUGAGGAAUGCUGCGCUGGAACGGAAGAGGACGAUGGAGAGGCCGCUGAUAUGGAAGAAUUUGAAAAAGACGGAUUACUGGAAUCAGAUGAGGACACCUUCGAUACCAGUAAAAUGGUGGCAUCCAAAGGAAAGCCCGUUACUAAAGACAUCGUCCUCCAGACGAGGACAUAUGAUCUGUACAUUACUUACGAUAAAUACUACCAGACGCCCAGACUCUGGCUCUUUGGAUACGACGAAGACAGAAACCCACUGAGUGUCGAGCAGAUGUACGAGGACAUCAGCCAGGACCACGUGAAGAAGACGGUCACUGUGGAGAACCACCCCCACCUCCCGCCACCGGCCAUGUGCUCCGUCCACCCUUGCAGACAUGCUGAAGUCAUGAAGAAGAUCAUCGAGACUGUCACAGACGGAGGUCGGGAACUUGGAGUGCAUCUGUAUCUCACCAUUUUCCUCAAAUUUUUCCAAGCCAUCAUUCCCACCAUUGAGUACGACUACACCAGGCACUUCAAGAUGUAGCUCUCACUGAAGCACAUGAUUAUCCCCAGAGUAGUAUCAACGAAUAUCACGACCAUCUGCUCACAACACAUAUACAUCUCAUUCAUAACAAAUUAUAUAUAUAAAAAAACUGUUCCAAGGCAAUGAAGCUCAAGGGAAUACUCAUGAGACAUUCAGACAGUAGCUAUAUUACAUACAGCAUCUUCGGCCUCAUCACAGCUAUUUCCUUCACAACUAUUUAUUGCAACCAUGAAUCUCAUUUGUUGCUCCUGGUAUUUCCAUCAAGACUGACUGAGAGAGUUAGGAUAGGAUUCUUUGCAUGCCACCGUACAUAAAGCCAAGAAGUGUGAGAUUGAAUACGUUAUUUAUUGUGAAUCCAAUGCCAUGUAACUAUGACAGACGCGUACACACAUGCAUUCUAAAUACAUUACUGGUUGACAAUUUUCAAAUACUUUUAUCUGUCAAUCGUUCGAAGUAUAUUUCCGACGCAUGCAAAGAUAAAAUAAACGUU